GAGGCCCUUCCCCCAUGCUCCUGGCUGGUCUGUGUGGCCGCUCCAGCCGACACCCAACUUUCCGUACAACCCGCCCAUGCCUACUCAUCUGCGUCACAGUUCUUCACUGUCCCCCAAAGCCCUCCUCAGGAUGUCUGUCCCAUCCAUGCCCCACGUCCUCAUUGCCACCCAGUAUUGUAGAUGCUCCAUGCACACCCUGGCUGUCCUUUCUACUCCAGAUACCCCAGAUCAGCUAUGCCUCCACAGCCCCAGAGCUCAGCGACUCCACACGAUAUGACUUCUUUUCCCGGGUGGUGCCCCCUGACUCCUACCAGGCUCAGGCCAUGGUGGACAUUGUGCGCGCACUGGGAUGGAAUUAUGUGUCCACACUGGCCUCCGAGGGCAACUAUGGCGAGAGUGGAGUUGAGGCCUUUGUGCAGAUCUCCCGUGAGGCUGGUGGGGUCUGUAUCGCCCAGUCCAUCAAGAUCCCCAGGGAGCCAAAGCCAGGAGAAUUCCACAAAGUGAUCCGGAGGCUGAUGGAGACACCCAAUGCCCGGGGUAUCAUCAUAUUUGCCAACGAGGAUGACAUCAGGCGAGUCCUGGAAGCAACACGCCAGGCCAACCUGACUGGUCACUUCCUGUGGGUUGGCUCAGACAGCUGGGGAUCCAAGACCUCACCCAUCUUGAGCCUAGAGGAUGUGGCUGUAGGUGCCAUCACCAUCUUGCCCAAAAGGGCCUCCAUCGAUGGGUUUGACCAGUACUUCAUGACUCGCUCCCUGGAGAACAACCGCAGGAACAUCUGGUUUGCUGAGUUCUGGGAAGAAAACUUUAACUGCAAACUGACCAGCUCAGGUAGCCAAUCAGAUGAUUCCACCCGCAAAUGCACAGGCGAGGAACGCAUCGGCCAGGAUUCCACCUAUGAGCAGGAGGGGAAGGUGCAAUUUGUGAUCGAUGCUGUGUAUGCCAUUGCCCACGCCCUCCACAGCAUGCACCAGGCACUCUGUCCUGGCCACACAGGCCUGUGCCCAGCAAUGGAGCCCACUGAUGGUCGGACACUACUGCAGUAUAUUCGAGCAGUCCGCUUCAAUGGCAGCGCAGGAACCCCAGUGAUGUUCAAUGAGAAUGGAGAUGCCCCCGGGCGAUACGACAUCUUCCAGUACCAGGCGACCAAUGGCAGUGCCAGCAGCGGCGGCUACCAGGCUGUGGGCCAGUGGGCGGAGGCCCUGAGACUGGAUGUGGAAGCGCUGCAGUGGUCAGGCGACCCCCACGACGUACCUGCGUCUCAGUGCAGCCUCCCGUGCGGGCCAGGCGAGCGCAAAAAGAUGGUGAAAGGUGUCCCCUGCUGUUGGCACUGUGAGGCCUGCGACGGGUACCGCUUCCAGGUGGACGAGUUCACGUGCGAGGCCUGCCCGGGGCACAUGCGGCCCACGCCGAACCACACGGGCUGCCGGCCCACGCCUGUGGUCCGCCUGGCCUGGUCCUCCCCCUGGGCUGCGCUGCCUCUCCUGCUGGCCGUCAUGGGCAUCAUGGCCACCACCACCGUGCUGGCCACCUUUGUGCGCCACAACGACACCCCCAUCGUCCGUGCCUCGGGCCGGGAGCUGAGCUACGUCCUGCUCACGGGCACCUUCCUGAUCUACGCCGCCACCUUCCUCAUGGUGGCCGCGCCCGGGGCGGCCGUGUGCGCCGCCCGCAGGCUCUUCCUGGGCCUGGGCACCACGCUCAGCUACUCGGCCCUGCUCACCAAGACCAACCGCAUCUACCGCAUCUUCGAGCAAGGCAAGCGCUCCGUCACUCCGCCGCCCUUCAUCAGCCCCACGUCGCAGCUGGUCAUCACCUUCAGCCUCACUUCCUUGCAGGUGGUGGGCGUGAUAGCGUGGCUGGGGGCCCAGCCCCCACACAGCGUGAUUGACUACGAGGAGCAGAGGACAGUGGACCCCGAGCAGGCCAGGGGGGUGCUCAAGUGUGACAUGUCCGAUCUGUCACUCAUCGGCUGCCUGGGCUACAGCCUCCUGCUCAUGGUCACGUGUACAGUGUACGCCAUCAAGGCUCGCGGCGUGCCCGAGACCUUCAACGAGGCCAAGCCCAUCGGCUUCACCAUGUACACCACCUGCAUCAUCUGGCUGGCUUUUGUACCUAUCUUCUUUGGGACCGCCCAGUCAGCUGAAAAGAUCUACAUCCAAACGACCACGCUGACUGUGUCCCUGAGCCUCAGUGCAUCGGUGUCCCUCGGCAUGCUCUAUGUGCCCAAAACCUACGUCAUCUUGUUCCGCCCAGAGCAGAAUGUGCAGAAGCGGAGGCGGAGCCUCAAGACCACCUCCACCGUGGCGGCCAAGAGCGAGGGUGCUGAGGACCCCAAGUAGCAGGGGGGAGUGGACCGGUGGCCCUCUCUUCCUUGCCUUUCUCUCCAUAGGAGGUAUGGAGGCCCAUGGUUGCCAAGGUAACCAAGCAGACCAGCCUCGUCCUUCUGCCCUGCAGACCUGGUGUUCUACCCAGGGCAGGGGGCAGCCCCUGCCAGCGUUCUGACUGCAGAGGCAGCUUGUACACACCCUGGCCUGAAGUUCAAAGGUCACGGUAAAGCCUGGGUGUGGCCCAUUCUAGGUGGGAUGUCCUUGGACCAACCACCAUAGCCUAGCCGCUAGGGGAAGGAAUGUCGGAAUAUGGAGAUCCCAGCCUGAAAUCUAGGGGUGGGGCUGAGGCGGAGAAUUCUCCAUGGACCAACUUAGGGCUCCGAUAAAUACCAUCCUGCCAGUAGAGCAGUAGAGGAGAUGGACCCCUGGUGAGAGCCUUGGGAACAGAGGACAGGCCUGCAGUACACUGGGAACUAGGACAGGCUUCCACGGAGUCACAUUAAGUUGUUUUCUGUGGGGUCCUUUCCUAGAGCUUGGGGGAGUGUAGUCCCUUUCCCAUGUAGCUUCCAACACUAUUCCAAGGAAGAGGGUGGUAUUUGCUGCCCUCUGAUGGUUCAAUUGGAAUGUGUUCGGGGGGUCCAAAGACUCGGUUGUAUCAUGGUGACGAUUAAAUCCAAGUACA